CUUGGUUUAAACUCCUGCUACACCACGCUUCAGCAGCUAUGAACUCUCUUCAGUUAAGAAUGCUGCCUAUAGCCUGAAAUACGCCGGAGAGCCCAUUCUCAAGGAACCUUGUGUCCUGACCUACGUGGACAGCUGCCCUUUGACCUCGUCAGCACUUCCUGCGGCAGCCGCCAGAGGGAGCCAGUCACAAGGGCAGCUGGGGAGGGCGGCUGCCGCCCACGCCGCCAGCGGCUGCUUUUCCACUGACCCUUCAUUUGCCGGGUGACCAAUUCUGAACAACACGUCUGGGGUGCACGGGCCGAUGCGACAUCUCACAGAUGAUGUCAUCUGGGACCUCGCUGUGACCCAAGGGCGCUCAUGACUCGGAGAGUCAGAGCCAUACGAAGAAUUCAGCAAAGAGACCAAGAUGGUGAAAAGAUAAAGGUGUUUAUGAAAAGAAGCAGAAUACAUGUAAAAGAACACGCAGCUGAACUCAGAGUGAGUUAUGUGCAACGGGGCCGGCUUAGGUUGCCUAAAUGAAGACUGAGGGCCUCUGGGUGUGUGUUGGACCAGGAAAUCCCGCAAGAAUGCACCCCAUCUGGGCCCAGUGCUCCUGCUGGCCUCCCGUCUUGAAGCAUCAGCAGGAGACCAGCUGUAGUUGCUCAGCCGGGGGCCUGUGUAUCUCCUACCUCAGGUCUGAAGGGAGGAACUUGACCCAGAUGUUACUGAGUUGUUAAAUCCCAGGACUUGCGGCCCUGAGGCAGAGUCAGAGGGAGGAAGAGCUGGUCCUGCAGGAACCUCAGAGGUCUGCUGAAGACACGCAGGCCUGGCUGUCCAUGGUCCCUGCAGUGGAUGGAGAGGAUGUGUUUACAAAGAGAGGUCAGGGAGCCUGAAGUAUAUCCCUCCUCUCUCCGGGGCCCACCCCCUUCUGCUCCUGUGGCCUUUGAACCCGUGAAGGAAACGCGCAAGAGAAUCACUUGGAGAACCAGGCUGUGUCUUCGGAAUCUGGAGAUGCCAGGACUGGUAGUCUUCUCGGACCUGGUGGUAGCCGCCUUGUGAAGUCCUUGAGAUAAGAUCACAUUCUAGGACUCUGGGAAGAGCGUGAAUUUGGGGGCAGGAUGCUCUACAACGCAGUACACUCUUCUUACCUAAAGAUGGGAAGAUUCCUAAGGCCAUCACAGAUCCAGGUGCUAACAAUUUCUGAUAAUCCCUAAGCGGAGCCACCCAGAUAACCUGCCCUUGCGUUUCUGAUGGACAGCCUGGAGCUGGAGACUUGGGAGUCAGCUCUGCCAGUAACUCCACUGUGACUUUGGCAAGCCAGUUAGUUAAACACCUUCCAUCCGGUGACUCACUCUGCUGCCCGCUCAAGAAUGAGCAGCAUCUGAGAGAAGCAGGCCAGUGUGCGAAGUGGAAACCAGGGCCCGGCAGGGAGUAGCAGUAGACCCACCCCUAUUUUGCCACCGACCACAGACAGAUGAUAUACCCGCAGAGGAGCUGUUUUCCACUCAGCUGCAGAUGCCCAGCAGAGCAGACUCUGAGAAAAAGAAACUAGCAACACUGAAAACCUCCGAAGGAAGUCUCUAAUUAAGUACAGAAAAGAACAAGGAUUUGGAGAAGACAGAUGUGGUUUUGAGUCCUGGCUCCGUUGCCUCACCCUUUGUGUAACUUCAGGUGCUGGACAAAAGCUGAGAUUCAGGUGCCUCUGUGGCUGGCCUCCUCCUGCCUUGAUGGAUUACACACCUGAGCCCAAUUUGACAACAGUAACUGACUUCUACUAUCCUGACAUCUACUCGAGCCCCUGCGAUGGGGAGGGGAGAGACAGCAAGCUGCUUCUUGCCGUCUUCUACUGCAUCCUGUUUGUAUUUGGUCUUCUGGGCAACAGCCUGGUCAUCCUCGUCCUUGUCGCCUGCAAGAAACUGAGGAGCAUCACGGACGUAUACCUCUUGAACCUGGCCCUGUCUGACCUGCUUUUUGUCUUCUGCUUCCCCUUUCAGACCCACUAUCAGCUGGACCAGUGGGUAUUUGGGACCAUCAUGUGCAAGGUGGUCUCUGGCUUUUACUACAUCAGCUUCUUCAGCAGCAUGUUCUUUAUAACCCUCAUGAGUGUGGACAGGUACCUGGCAGUUGUCCAUGCUGUGUAUGCCUUGAAAGUGAGGACGGUCCGCAUGGGCACAGCCCUGAGUCUGGUGGUGUGGCUGACUGCCUUCGUGGCCACCAGCCCGUUACUAGUAUUUUACCAAGUGGCCUCUGAAAAUGGCGUCCUACAGUGUUACUCAUAUUACAACCAGCAGACGCUGAAGUGGAAGAUCUUCAUCCACUUUGAAAUGAAUAUCUUAGGCCUGCUGAUCCCGUUCAGCAUCCUGAUGUUCUGCUAUAUCAACAUCCUGCACCAGCUGAAGAGCUGCCAGAACCACAACAAGACCAAGGCCAUCAAGCUCGUGCUCAUCGUGGUGGUUGCCUCCCUGCUCUUCUGGGUCCCUUUCAACAUGGUCCUCUUCCUCACUUCCCUGCAUGACAUGCACAUCUUGGAUGGAUGUGUCAUGAACCAGCGGCUGAUCUACGCCACGCAUGUCACAGAAACCAUUUCCUUCACCCACUGCUGUGUGAACCCUAUUAUCUAUGCGUUCAUGGGUGAGAAGUUCAAGAAACACUUAUCAGAACUAUUUUGGAAAAGUCGCAGCCACAUCUUUGUCUACGUAGGGAGACAGGUCUCUAGGGAGGCCUUGGAAAAAUCAUCCUCGAAUCAGCACUCCACUCGCUCCUCCACCAUAGACUACAUUCUGUGAGUCUGUGCAGGGCAGAGCAUCCCUCUGCCUCCAUCACCCACCUUCUUGAAACAAACGAUUCACGCUGGAGUUGGAGGCUACAUUGAAGGGAGACUCCUAGAAAGCUAGCUACAGGCACAAGACUUCUUUCAUGGUAUUCAGUGAAUUACUACUAUUGCAAGUCAACCCUGUCAACUUUCAAAGACUUUGUCACUAUUUUCUGAAAAUAGUCUAUAUGUUUCACUGUGUUAGCUAUAGGGAUUUUUCCCCCCUAGGUUUUGGAGUAUCUUUAUCAAACACCAGCUUAAAUGUUGUCAAAUGCUUUCUCCUUAUCUAUUGAGGUGAUCAUGUAGUUUUCCUCCUUUAUUCUGUUAAUUUCAUGAACUAUAUUGAUAGAUUUUCUUAUUUUAAAUCAACCCAUGUUUUCCCUGGAAAAAAUGACCUCAUGUUUAUGAUCAUUUUAACAAUAAAGCACUGGAUUUUCUUGGGAUUUUUGUAUCUGUGUUCAUGAGAGAUACUGACCUGCAACACUUGUGACGUGGGAAGUGCCUCGGAUCUUGAACCAUGCUGGCCUUGCUCAGGACAUUGCAAGGGUCACCUUGGAUUUCCUGUCCUAGACCCUGCUCCUCACUUACAA